GAGAAGAGAAGGCGAGGGUCGAUCUAGGGUUAGGGCUUUCUCGCUCUCCUCUAGCAGAGCGGCUAUGGCGUUCACACUGCAGGAGCAGUUUGAUGCGUACGUCGAUUUGAUGGCGGGGGAUAGGGAGGAGACGAUGAUGAAGGACGGUGAGGCCGCGGAGAGAAGGAAGAGAGGUCUCGCCCCAAAAAAGAAGAAGAAGAGCGCCAAGAAGGCGGCGGAUUUGGAGUGGGCGAGGAAGACUUUGGAAGCAGAGAGGGCCAAGGUCGGGAGCAGCAUCAAGCCCAAGACGAUGGCCAAGGAAGAGAAGGCGAAGGUCGAUCUAGGGUUUUCUUGCGGUAGCAGAGAGGGGAUGGCGUUGACGCAGGAGCAGCUGGAUGCUUGCAUCGAUUUGAUAUUCGAGGAUAGAGACGAGGUGACGAUGAAGGCCCCGUUCUGAAGCUCUCCAGGUUCAGGAAAUCCACGAUUCCAGCUUCGUGCGCCAGCGUCCAACUUCCGUGAGGAGCUACGUGCGUUCCGGAGGCUCUAGCCAGCUUCUCAUACGCUGGCGCUGGGCUAUAGGGCUGUUUAGAGCGAAAGGUAUGUACAUGGGCUAUUAGGGAACACAGAUGGUGACAUGGGCUGCAGGCCCAAUUCGGAGUGAAAGAUGUGGAUGACCCUGAUGCACCCACGUCUACUGGCUGGUUCCUGCGAGAGCUCGGAAGAAAAGAAAUCGGGAGGCUCGCCGAACCGGUAUGCAACUUAGCGGUGGCAUUCCCUGUAAUUACAUCGAACUCCCGCUUCUCGUUUUAGCGAAGCUGGCCAACCGCCGCUUCUCGUCUCCGCAAAAAUUGCACGGGUGGAUCCUCGUCUCCGCGAAGCUGGCUCCUCGAAGCUGGAGCGUUCGGGAUCGAUUCAUGUAGGAAUUCUAGGAAGCUGGCUCGUGGAGAGGAUCCGAACGGGCCCGAAGGAUGACGAGGCGGCGGAGGAGGGGGAGAGAAGGAAGAGAGGUCUCGCCCCCAAAACGGAAAAGAAGGUGGUGGCGAGAGUAAGCGCGGAGAAGGCGGCUGCUUUGGAGUGGGCGAGGAAGAUGUUGGAAGACGAGAGUGUCAAUGACGGAAAAUGCUGGGAGCCGAGGGCGAUGACCAAGGAAGACGUCGCGGCAGCGGCCCUGUACAGAGCCAAGGCGGAGGAGGCGCGCAGGAACCAUGAGCGGAGGGAGCAGCACGACGCUGUGUCCAAGUGGAUCGCCACGGGAGACCCCGAGGCCGUCGAGCGCUGCAACCAGUGGAUGGAGGAAGACAUUGAGGCCAUGAGGCUCAAGGACAUCGAUCCCACCGAGGAUCUGUCGGACUGGGAGGCCGUCGAAGCCAAGAGGUACCGAGAAUUCUGGGAAUUUCUAUGGGCCGACUCCUUCGAUUCCUGGGAGGACAUCACACCUAUCCUGCCCAUGUGUUACACGGACGAGAAGCCUCCGCGCGGUACGGCCUACCCUGUGCGAACUCUGCAGGUCUUUCGGUCAGAGUUGCAGCCAUCAAAGGUGGAUUGGACUGGCCUCUGGAUGUCUAUGGUAUCGUUGCCGCACGUGACUCGUUGGAUCACAAUCGCAACAUUAUCUUCCACCGCACUAGGGAUAACUGCCAAACCAUUGACAAGAAGAAUCCAUGUCUGAGACUGACAGGGCCUACCCGCGCUGUUGUUGUUGUGGAUCCUGUGUACUUUGAGGUUAACUUGCGAGUAAAGGGCAAAACAGAAUCUGAGGAUAGAGAUUUGAGCUAUCUAGCUGUUUAUUAUCGUGAUUCUGGUUCUAGCGAAUCGUACGCGUUUAAAAGUGUCAGCACUAGCAAGCUUAGCACAGUGGCAUUGAUGUUGGGUGAUAUUGUUCAUUCAGUGGAGGCCACCAUCAGUGUGAGAGUGGUUCGUGGGGAAUGGCCGGAAGGUUGUAGAGGUCUAAUUUUUGCCAAUACCGCCAGUAUCGACGCCAAGAAAAUCGAGUUGCUUGCAUUCGGAGAUGAUAAGUUGCCUGUUGCAGCUAAUGGCAUGAUAAAGCUUUCACGGCGUGUUGUAUCUGUUGAAGCCGAUGGAGAGUUGAGAGUCUCCGUCAUGGCAAGUAGCCUGGAGGAUCAAACUGUUGAGAGAGAUUCAGAAGCAUUCAAAACCAAGAAAGCCUCCAGGAGCAGGCGAAUACUUGAAGUUCACUCUUGUAAGUUGGAAGUCACCAUCGCAUGGUCUUUUGUCUCGAACUAGCAAAGACUGUCUGGGUUUUGUUGCUGGAUGAUAGUUAUUGCCCUACUGAUGGCCUCUGGUUUAUCUCAAAGUGGUACCUGUGUGUUGGAUGUUAGUUGUAUCCUGGUUAGAUGUGUCCUGACUAGUACUAUGUAGUGUGGGCAAGCUAAGAUAUUUGACUGUGUAAUGUAGUGUCCUGGUUAAAUUUGUCUUGACUAGUAUGUAAUGUGGGCAAGCCAAGAUAUAUUUGACAUGUAAUGUGGACAAAUUAAGAUAUGUAUUUGACUAUGUAAAAUGUGGACAAAUUAAGAUAUGUAUUUGACUAUGUAA